GUGUGUGUGUGUGUGUGUGUAGCGGUGGUAGCAGUGCUGAUCUGGGAUCAGAUGACGCAGAUUCAACAGUAGAACCUUGGAAAAACCAAGUUUCUGUUCUGCUAGCGGCUAGCUUCAGUUAGCAUCGUCCUGUUAGCUGCCGGGACUUUUAACGUUGGUUCUGUUGGGUAACUUAUCAGAAAGAGAGACUCAUCAGACCAGGCAACAUUUUUCCAGUCUUCAACUGUCCAAUUUUGGUGGCGGCACGGAUCUCUGCAUGUCCGACUGACAUCUCCCAGUGGAUGUCCACUCAUCACCUGAAGAUCAACCCCGACAAGACCAAACAACUUUUCUUCGCCAGGAAAAAACUCUCCCACUCAGGACCUGACUGUUAACUUCGGCGACAACACAAUCCUGUAGAUACACGCUCUACAACAUCAGGAGAAUACGACCUUCUCACUCAGAAGGCAGUGCAGGUGGAGCAUCCAGCUCUCAAGUCAAAAGGCUGUUUCCAUGACAACGGGGCAGACCCCUCAUAUGACAAUUGUGUUCCUUUACUCUGAAUGGUCGCUUCUCCAUCUUCAUGCAGCUGACAUAUCAGGAGCUGGAAGCUCAGCUGAGGCGGAGCUCCAGACUCAGGAAGCUCACAGUCGCACUGUGUCUGGCCUACACCGUCAAAAAGCUGUGUCCCUAUGUAUGGAGGAGGCUACAGGCGUGCUCAGCAGGUGAACAGCUGGGCGGAGCUAAUCUACCUGUAAGCUCCACCUCCAGAGAUGUCACUUUAGGAGGACCAAAGACCAAAAGCAGUUCCCCCUCAGUGAACAAAGACUUCCUGCUCAGGCUGUCCCGUCUGUUGGGGCUCUUGUUUCCACGGUUACUGUGUCCAGAGGUGGGCCUGCUGGCUCUGCACUCUGUCACGCUGAUCUCCAGAACCUUCCUCUCCAUCUAUGUGGCCUCUCUGGACGGUGUGAUCGUCAGGUGCAUCGUGCAGAAGGACCCCCAGGCCUUUGUGCUGCAGCUCUCCAAGUGGCUCCUGGUCGCUGUUCCUGCCACCUUCAUCAACAGCACCAUUAGGUUCCUGGAGGGCCAGCUGACCCUCCGCUUCAGGAGACGAUUGGUGGAACACGCCUACCAGCUGUACUUCAGCAACCAGACGUACUACCGGGUCAGCAACAUGGACGCUCGCCUCUGUAACCCAGACCAGUCUCUCACUGAGGACAUCGCCAUGUUCUCCGCUUCUGUUGCUCAUCUCUACUCAAACCUCACCAAGCCCAUCCUGGACGUGGUGAUGACCUGCUACACGCUGCUGGGGACUGCCCAGUCCAAAGGAGCAAACACCACGUGGCCGUCUGUCAUCGCCGGCCUGGUGGUGGUGCUCACUGCCAAAGUGCUUCGCUCCUUCUCACCUCGUUUCGGGAAGCUGGUGGCCGAGGAGGCCAAAAGAAAAGGAGACCUGAGGUAUAUGCACUCUCGCAUCAUCACCAACUCUGAGGAGAUCGCCUUCUACGGAGGCCACAAGGUGGAGAUGUCCCAGCUGCAGCAGAGCUACGUGUCUCUGUCCUCUCAGAGCCAUCGAAUCCUGGUGAAGCGCCUGUGGUACGUCAUGCUGGAACAAUUCCUCAUGAAGUACGUAUGGAGCGCCUCCGGCCUGGUGAUGGUCGCCGUGCCAAUCAUCACUGCCACGGGAUACUCCAUAUACGACUCUGAGGAGGUGAAGCAGGCGGCCCUGGUGAUGAAGGAGGAGGAGUUAAUGAGCGAGAGGACUCAGGCCUUCACCACAGCCAGAAACCUCCUCAGCGCUGCAGCCGACGCUGUGGAGAGGAUCAUGAGCUCAUACAAGGAGGUGACGGAGCUGGCGGGGUACUCCGCCCGUGUCUCUGAGAUGUUGGAGGUGUUUGAGGAGGUGAAUGAAGGGGUCUACCGGCGCCCUGGAGGCAGAAAGGAGGCGUCAUCAGGAGGCGGAGUUCAGCACCACAGACAGAGGCUGGAGACCCGAGGUCAGGUGAUCAGUGUGGAGAAGGGGAUUCGCUGUGAGAACCUGCCAAUCAUCACACCAACCGGAGAUGUGGUUGUUUCAAGCCUCACCAUCCAGGUGGAUGAGAAGAUGAAUGUGUUGAUAACUGGUCCAAACGGAUGUGGGAAGAGUUCUCUGUUCAGGAUCCUCAGCGGACUGUGGCCUGUUUAUGGAGGAGUGCUUUACCGCCCCGACCCACAACACAUGUUCUACAUCCCACAGAGACCCUACAUGUCAGAGGGGACCCUCAGAGACCAGCUGAUCUACCCGGACUCGGACGAGGAGAUGGUCAAGAGAGGAGUCACAGAUUCAGAUCUGGAGGAGAUCCUUGGGACGGUCCACCUGCUCUACAUCCUGGACAGAGAAGGAGGUUGGGAGUCAGUCAGCGACUGGAGAGAUGUUUUGUCUGGAGGAGAGAAACAGAGGAUGGGGAUGGCUCGCAUGUUCUACCACCGCCCUCAGUACGCGCUGCUGGAUGAGUGUACGAGCGCCGUCAGCAUCGACGUGGAAGGAAGCAUCUUCCAAGCUGCAAAGGAUGCUGGGAUAUCCCUGCUGUCAAUCACACACCGACCCUCUCUGUGGAAGUACCACUCUCAUCUGCUUCAGUUUGAUGGAGAAGGUGGAUGGAAGUUUGAACCUCUGGAUGCCUCCACCCGUCUCUCUCUGCAGGAGGAGAAACAGCGUCUGGAGAAUCAGCUCUCUGGGAUUCCCAAGAUGCAACAGAGACUCACAGAACUGUGUGUCCUGCUGGGGGAGAGAGGACAGGAGGAGAUAAAGGAGAAGUGAGACAGGAGGAGACGGGUGGAGUGAGAGACUGGAGGAGACAGGAGAAGCUUCACAGAGAAGUCUCCUGACAUUUGGUUGCCACGGUAACUGAUGUUGUAGUUCAUUGUAGCAAAAUAAAUAAAAUGAUCAGAAUAAAUUUGAACGUAAGCACAGAUUGAUCAAUAAGUGUUGAUGUAAGGAUUCUUCUGUUAUACUGGUUUAUUGAUUUGAUACCAUUUAAGCAUUUGCUGUCUGAAUUAUUUGGUGUUUUUCCUAUUAGUAUUCUUAUUAAUAUAAUGUGUUAUUUGAUUCUAGGCAGCUUAAUAAAACUCACCUGACGUGAUCAAUGCUCUUUAGCGGAACAAUAACAGGUGACCUGAGCCUCAGUUAUAUGAUUUGUCAAUUUUAAUAUUUUGUCUGUAAAAAUCUAUGCAAUCUAUUUUAUCUAUGAAUCCACAGAGGAGUUUUACAUUGAUGAUGAAGAUAAUGUAAUAAAUAGCACUUUUUGUCUAGUGAUUUUCAAAAUAAAGCUACCAUGUAAGAAC